AGGAUUUCUGUUAUACCUUCUACUCCGUGUCUUUGGUUGAAAUCAUCAGGACUUUUAACCAACUAGCCUCCUGACGAUUUCCAGCUUCUCUCCUGAACCCGCUUCCAUCCAAACACGCACCGAUAAGUGGGAAAUCAUGAACUGGGGUGCUCUAGAGGUUCUCCUGAGUGGAGUUAACAAAUACUCCACUGUGUUUGGCCGGGUCUGGCUUUCUAUGGUGUUCGUCUUCCGGGUCUUGGUGUUUGUGGUAGCAGCUCAGCGGGUGUGGGGAGAUGAAAGUAAAGACUUUGUCUGUAACACUAAGCAGCCAGGCUGCACCAACGUUUGCUACGACAGUAUCUUCCCCAUCUCUCACAUCCGCCUGUGGGCCCUGCAGCUCAUCUUCGUCACCUGCCCAUCGCUCAUGGUUGUCGGUCACGUCAAGUACAGGGAGAAGAAGGACAUGGAGUACUCUACCUCCCACAAGGGGAAACACUUGUAUGCCCAUCCUGGAAAGAAACGUGGAGGCCUGUGGUGGACUUACCUGGUGAGUUUGAUCUUCAAGGCGGGCUUCGAUGCUGGCUUUCUCUAUGUCCUGUAUUAUGUCUACGAGGGUUACGACAUGCCCCGCCUGAGCAAGUGCAAACUACCGCCUUGCCCCAACACAGUGGACUGCUACAUAUCCCGGCCCACGGAGAAAAAGAUCUUCACGCUCUUCAUGGUGGUCUCCUCCGCUGUCUGCAUCUUAAUGUGCAUCUGUGAAAUGAUUUACCUCAUCUUCAAACGUAUCAAAAAGCUCAUUCUCAGGAAGAAGGAUCAGGAAAUCCAGAGGUUCGUCGAAAGCCACGAAAUGGCCCCUCUCUCACAUCCAAGGUCGAUGUACAGAUCUAAAUCCUCAGUAAGAGUGGAUCCCACAGUAUCUCUUCUGAACCUCAACAACAUCAAGGUUGAAGAAAAGCCUCUUAAGCGAGUGGAGGAAUGGUAGAAGUAAACUGUCCAGAGUGCUUUUGUCAAACUCCAUGGAGAGAGGGAGUUCUCCACGUGAGAAAACGCCAGUUGCUUUAAGCAAUCUUUUAAUGUGGAUUUGUAAAUAAUUUAGAUGAUAUUCUGAAGGACACAAUGUGCACCUCUUCUCUCUAAACACGAAGGUCUCCAGUGUGAAAGGAUUGUGUGUUUGACUAGUCUUAUUUGACUGGUUGUUGUGUUGUGAUUGUAAUUGUAUUCUGGUUGCGCUGACUGUAAUAUAUGUGUAAAUAACUACAACACAAACAAAUAAAUGAAUGUGGCCAC